AUUUAUACUUUAAUCUUUCAAAAAAAAAAAAAAAUCGGGUUGAUGACUGUUUUCGACAUAUGAAUAUGAAAAUUUUGAGUUAAAUAGGCAAAAUCGUAUUUGUAGAAAAAAAAAUCGGUAAUGCGUAUUCUAGUUGCCAACCACCAUAUCGAUCUAUUAUUAUCCGGUUUCAGAUAAAAAAAAAAGUAACAGCUCCCUACUUUCUUUCCAUGGUUUUCUUUCAGAAGACCAAAAGAGGAGUGAGCUUUCAAUUUCCGUUUUCAAAAAGCUGAGAGGGAGAGAGAGAGAGACAAAGGAAGGCCGCGCCGCCGGGAGAAAGCUGGAAUCAAAGAAAGCGGUUUGACUCCCCCGCCGGCGGGAAACGAAUUUCCUCCCGAAGGAAGUGCUCUACACUGUCAAGCAAACAUGAGCGCCAACUCGCGGGGGCCACGGCCCACGCGCGGCCGCAAUCCUCCGCCACACCAGCGGCCGCAGCCGGAGGUUUUCAACAUAAUCCCAAUCCACGACCUCCUCACGGACCACCCGUCUCUACGCUAUCCGGAAGUACGAGCCGCGGCGGCGGCGCUGCGCGCAGUCGGCGACCUCCGGAAACCGCCGUUUCUCCCCUGGGAGCCGCACUACGACCUCCUGGACUGGCUCGGCUUGCUAUUCGGCUUCCAGCGCGACAGCGUGCGGAACCAGCGAGAGCACUUGGUCCUCCACCUCGCCAACUCACAAAUGCGGCUCCAGCCGCCGCCGUCGUUGCCGGACGCCCUGGACCCCACCGUACUCCGCCGCUUCCGCCGGAAGCUACUUACGAACUACACCUCCUGGUGCUCGUACAUCGGCAGGAGGUCCCAGCUCAUCCUCUCCGGCCGGCCUAGCAGCGACGACAUAAUCCGCCGCGAACUGCUCUACGUCGGGCUCUACCUUCUAAUUUGGGGCGAAUCUGGAAACCUAAGGUUCAUGCCGGAGUGUCUCUGCUACAUCUACCACCACAUGGCGAUGGAGCUCAACCAAUUCCUCGACGAGUGGACCGAUCCAGAAACCGGUAGGGCUUUCCUCCCUUCAAUCUCCGGCGAGUGUGCGUUUCUGAAAUCGGUAAUUAUGCCUAUUUAUCGGACGGUGAAGUCCGAAGUGGACAGCUCCAGGAACGGGACGAAGCCCCAUUCCGCUUGGAGAAACUACGACGACUUGAAUGAAUUCUUCUGGAGUCGGAGGUGCUUCAGGAAGCUGAGAUGGCCUUUGAAUUUCAGUAGCAAUUUCUUCGAUACGGUGGAUAAGAUUCAUAGAGUUGGCAAGACUGGUUUUGUAGAGCAGAGGUCGUUCUGGAACUUGUUUCGGAGCUUCGAUAAGCAGUGGGUACUGCUGAUUCUGUUUCUGCAAGCAAGCAUUAUCAUUGCUUGGGAGCAGACUACGUAUCCUUGGCAUGCAAUUGAGAGAAGAGCAGUCCAAGUUAAGCUUCUGAGUUGCUUCAUUACAUGGAGUGGGUUGAGAGUUCUGCAAGCUGUGCUAGAUGCUGGUACUCAGUACAGCCUUGUCACUAGGGAGACAUGGUUGUUGGGGCUGCGAAUGAGCUUGAAGUUUGUGGUGGCAGUGGCAUGGACAGUUGUGUUUGGGGUCUUUUAUGGGAGGAUAUGGAGCUCGGGGAGUUCCAACGAAGCUGACCAGAGGAUCACUAUGUUUCUCCAAGCUGUGCUGGUCUUCGUUAUCCCGGAAUUGCUUGCCAUUCUGCUCUUCAUACUCCCAUGGAUUCGAAAUGCCAUUGAAGAAUGGGAUUGGAGUUUUGUAUACUUGUUCACGUGGUGGUUUCAUACCAGAACAUUCGUAGGCCGGGGACUUCGAGAAGGGCUCGUCGACAAUGUCAAGUACACUGUGUUCUGGAUACUGGUUUUAGCUUCAAAGUUUGUGUUCAGCUACUUCCUCCAGAUCAAGCCGAUGGUUGCUCCGACGAAGGCGAUUCUCAAGGUCAACAUUUUUCAGUAUAAGUGGCAUGAGUUCUUUGGCCAUAGCAAUCGAGUUGCAGUGGUAGUAAUGUGGAUGCCUGUGAUGCUGAUCUACUUCACUGAUUUGCAAAUUUGGUAUGCCAUCUUCUCCUCUUUUGUUGGAGCCACCGUAGGCUUGUUCUCCCACUUGGGCGAGAUAAGGAACAUUGGUCAGCUCAGACUCCGGUUCCAGUUCUUCGCCAGCGCAAUGCAGUUCAAUCUAAUGCCCGAGGAGCAACUUCUCGGCCCGAAGAUGAACCUAGUGAAGAAGCUUCGAGACGCGAUUCACAGAUUGAGACUGAGAUAUGGGUUCGGCCAACCUUACACGAAGAUUGAGUCAAGCCAGGUGGAGGCCACAAGGUUUGCAUUGAUAUGGAACGAGAUCAUGAUGGCUUUCAGGGAAGAGGAUUUGAUCAGUUAUAAAGAGCUCGAGCUCCUGGAGCUUCCGCCGAACUGCUGGAACGUUAGAGUGAUUCGCUGGCCCUGUGUUCUUCUCUGCAAUGAGCUACUGCUAGCUCUGAGUCAGGCGCUCGAGCUGGCUGAAGCACCCGACAGUUGGAUUUGGUUGAAGAUCAGUCAGAGCGAGUACCGGCGCUGCGCUGUGAUCGAGGCGUAUGAUUGCACCAGGUAUUUGUUGCUUUCGGUGGUGAAGUAUGGUUCAGAAGAGAACUCCAUUGUUGGGAAGUUCUUCAACGAGGUAGAUGGUCACAUUCAAAUCGGAAAGUUUGCAGAGAAUUACAACAUUUGCCUGCUUCCCAAGAUACACUCCAAGGUAAUACAAUUAGUUGAGCUUCUGAGGAAACCUAGGAAAGAUGAGAGGGAAACUGUGGAUGUAUUGCAGGCAUUGUACGAACUUUGUGUUCGUGAAUUCCCAAAGUUGAAGAGGUCCAUUCCCGAGCUGAGAAAUGAUGGUUUAGCCUCCCAGCGUGAAACAGAGCUGCUCUUUGAGAAUUCUGUUCAGUUCCCCGACGCUGAAGAUGAGUUCUUCAAUCGACAGCUGAGGCGUGUGCACACAAUUCUCACGUCACGAGAUUCCAUGCACGACGUUCCUAAGAACAUCGAGGCGAGACGACGAAUUGCUUUCUUCAGCAAUUCUCUGUUCAUGAACAUGCCACGUGCCCCAAAUGUCGAGAAGAUGAUGGCGUUCAGCGUGCUGACACCUUACUAUGACGAAGAGGUUUGUUUCGGUAAAGAGAAUCUUCGCACUCCGAAUGAGGAUGGAAUCUCGAUCCUGUUUUAUCUGCAGAAGAUCUAUGAGGACGAGUGGAGGAACUUCAUGGAGAGAAUGAAGAGGGAAGGAAUGGAGGACGAGGAUGAUGUGUGGGACAAGAAAUCAAGGGAGCUUCGUCUUUGGGCUUCGUACAGAGGGCAGACAUUGUCGCGAACUGUUAGAGGGAUGAUGUAUUAUUACAGGGCUCUGAAGAUGCUUGCCUACCUUGAUUCGGCCUCUGAGGUUGAUAUUAGGGCUGGAACGCAGGAGAUUGCUUCUCAUCAUUCAUCGAGGAGGAACAACCGACAGUUGGGUGAUGAUGGUCUGAACUCUGCCGGAGGGGGAGGAGGAGAGAGACCAUCAUUGAGGAAGCUGGGCAGAGCAACGAGCACCGUAGGGCUCUUGUUCAAGGGACAUGAGUAUGGGAGCGCGCUCAUGAAGUUCACCUACGUUGUUGCUUGUCAGGUCUACGGGCAGCACAAAGCCAAGGGUGAUCCUCGAGCCGACGAGAUCCUCCACCUCAUGAAGAUCAACGAGGCGCUUCGAGUUGCGUACGUCGACGAGGUCCACUUGGGGAGAGAUGAAGUCGAGUACUACUCCGUCCUGGUGAAGUACGAUCAAGAACAGCAGAGAGAAGUCGAGGUAUACCGUGUCAGGCUGCCCGGUCCUCUCAAGCUCGGGGAAGGGAAGCCCGAGAAUCAAAACCAUGCAUUCAUCUUCACUCGCGGAGAUGCAGUUCAGACCAUCGACAUGAACCAGGACAACUCCUUCGAGGAAGCACUCAAGAUGAGGAAUCUGCUGGAGGAGUUCAAGGUACAUUAUGGAAUCAGGAGGCCGACGAUCUUGGGUGUUCGUGAGAACAUCUUCACCGGUUCGGUUUCCUCUCUUGCCUGGUUCAUGUCUGCUCAGGAGACUAGCUUUGUGACUCUUGGCCAGCGAGUUCUGGCGAAUCCUUUGAAGAUUAGGAUGCAUUAUGGUCAUCCGGAUGUGUUUGACCGGUUCUGGUUCAUGCCACGUGGCGGGGUCAGCAAGGCUUCUAGGCUGAUCAAUAUCAGCGAGGAUAUAUUUGCUGGGUUCAACUGCACCCUUCGAGGAGGCAAUGUGACUCAUCAUGAAUAUAUACAGGUGGGCAAAGGCCGGGAUGUUGGAUUGAACCAGAUAUCAAUGUUUGAAGCCAAGGUAGCAAGUGGCAACGGCGAGCAGAUAUUAAGCCGAGACGUCUACAGACUAGGCCACAGAUUGGAUUUCUUCCGAAUGCUCUCGUUCUACUACACUACAGUUGGCUUCUUCUUCAACACAAUGGUGGUCGUACUAACCGUCUACUCCUUCCUCUGGGGCCGUCUCUACCUCGCUCUCAGCGGCAUAGAAGGCUACGCCAUGGAAACUAGCAAGAACAACAAGGCCUUCGGCGUAAUCCUGAACCAGCAGUUCUUCCUCCAGAUCGGCCUCUUCACCGCCCUCCCAAUGGUGGUUGAAAACUCCCUCGAGCAUGGCUUUCUUCCUGCCGUCUGGGACUUCUUGACCAUGCAGCUCCAACUGGCAUCUGUCUUCUACACUUUCUCCAUGGGCACCCGAGCCCAUUUCUUCGGCCGGACCAUCCUUCACGGUGGUGCCAAGUACCGUGCCACUGGCCGCGGGUUCGUGGUCCAGCACAAGAGCUUCGCUGAAAAUUACAGGCUCUACUCUCGGAGUCACUUCGUCAAGGCUAUUGAGCUCGGUGUGAUUCUCAUAGUCUACGCAGCUCACAGCCCCAUGGCACAGGACAGCUUUGUUUACUUGGCGAUGACGUUAUCGAGCUGGUUCCUCGUCUUGUCGUGGAUCAUGGCCCCGUUCGUUUUCAACCCAUCAGGAUUUGACUGGUUAAAGACGGUAUAUGACUUUGAGGACUUCUUGAAUUGGAUAUGGUACAAAGGUGGCGUGUUCACCAAGGCAGAGUACAGUUGGGAGACCUGGUGGUACGAGGAACAGGACCAUUUGCGAACCACGGGACUCUGGGGUAAGCUCUUAGAGAUCAUCCUCGAUCUCCGGUACUUCAUGUUCCAAUACGGCGUCGUGUACCAGCUCAACAUCACCGGCGGGAAGACCAGCAUUUCAGUUUACCUGCUGUCAUGGAUUUACAUGAUCGCGGUGAUGGGGAUCUAUGUCGUGAUGAUGUACGCUCAAGAGAGAUUUGCGGCGAAGGAGCAUAUCAAGUACAGGCUGACACAGCUCGUGGUGAUCUCAAUGACGGUGCUUGUACUGACUCUAUUGUUGGACUUUACGUCGUUCACGUUGCUGGAUUUGGUCAGCAGCAUGCUGGCGUUUGUGCCCACAGGGUGGGGGCUGAUAAGCAUUGCUCUCGUGCUGAGGCCUUUUUUGGAGUCUACAGUGGUUUGGGAUACGGUGGUUUCGUUGGCGAGGAUUUAUGAUCUGCUGUUUGGAGUGAUUGUGAUGGCCCCCGUGGCGUUGUUGUCGUGGUUGCCAGGGUUUCAGGCCAUGCAGACGAGGAUUCUGUUCAACGAGGCCUUUAGUAGGGGCCUGCAGAUUUCCAGGAUUCUUAGUGGGAAGAAAACCAAUUGAUGGGUCAAGCAAGCUAAGGUAAGCGACGGAGUUCUUUGUGCUGUAUUGUUUUAACAGACCAGUUCAUGGGUGACAAUUGCUCUGAAAGGAACAGCCCUUUGAAAAUGGCAUAUCUUUUUUCUGGAUGGGAAGACAGAGCUCACAUUUCGCUGGGGGCACUGAUGUUUCGUAUCUCUGUGUUCGAAUGCUGACAAACCCGCCUGCCGUUGGAUGAAUCUGCAUUCAUAUUUCUGAUCCAUGUUCAAGAGCCUGCUGGUUUUCCCUUUCCAAUUGGGCGUUGUCAUAUUCUGGUACUACUCUCCCACUUAUUUCAGUCCUUCCUACACCGAAAUUGUAUGAAGUUCUCGCAUCCUCUGUAUAUCACGUAGCAUUACUAGCGGUUAAGGUUGUACAUUACUAGAGAAGGACUAGGUAGCUAAUUCCUUUUGUUAGUAAUAGCCCAAAAGGUCAAUGUUGAAACAAACCAGCUAGCUAAUUCAGCAGCUCUCGGUGAAUUGUAAAUGAUUUUGAUUCAAAGAGCUGUUAGUGAAUUGUUACGGAUCAAAGAAGAGAUACAUAGUUACAUGAUUCCUAUGAGUUGAGUGUCGAAGAACCCGGCAUGGAUUGAAUGAACAUCAGUCCGGUGAUGAUCGAAUGGACAUAGCUUCAAAACCCUAGCUAGGAGGAGGUCGAGGGGGUUUGCUACGAUCGGAUAACCGAGCACAAAGUUAAGGUGGUUGGAAAUUUCAAAUGAGUGGUUCGAGUUCAGCCCCACAUGAUUCGAGGCUUAUAUCAUCGACCUACGACUAGAUCGAGUCUCCUACACUCGAACCGGUUAGUAGUUCGAGUUUCUCAAACUCGAACCACUCCAAACUUAGGUAUUUUAGGAAAUUUUUUUAUAAGUGUGGUAGUUUAGAAAUUUGUUUUAGUUUUAUGUGUAUUUAGGGAAUUAUCCGGAUUAUAUCCAUCCCUCUAAUUGACAAGGCCUCCCUGGUCGGUAACUAAAGAUGUGUAUUAGCUUCUUCUUGUUAUGGAUUUGUAUAAUGGGCCGAAGUGCUUUGGCUCAUCAGUUUCUGCAGGAUUUGUUAAAUGGGCCUCUAUUAAUCGUGUGACCCUCCAAGAUAGAUCGACCCAUUAACAUUAUCGCACGGCCCGCCUGUUGAUUCCCAUGCAUGCAGACGGGAGUCACGCACGUACGUACCGUGACUGAAAAUAAAAUAAAUAAACUAACUCCUCCGCUAGUUAGGUAAGAUAAUUCCAAUAUUCCAUUUCUUCUCCAUGGACAAAGUCUCUCAAAUAAAAAUGGAGAGACCUGUAGCACUAACUUAGGAUUUUAGAAAAUGUGGGAGAGCGGAUGAAAAUAAAAUAAAUAAACUUUACUUCAGUACUCAUUUUAUUUUAUUUUUUAUAUCGAGCUGCAAUAACUCUAAUACAAUGUGGUUAUGCACCCUAUCCUGUAUCGAGCACAGCAGAGACAAAGGGGAAAACCAACCUGAGGCAAAAAAAAAAAAAAAAAAAAACAAACCCAAUCCCAAGAAAAAGCCUCCAACUACACUCUAAAGAAAGUCUUGACAGACUCUUGCUUUCUUCAGUUGAUGCUACCUAUCAUCAAGUCUCCAUAAAUGUUGCGUAAUCAUUAAAUUGAAAAAAACCCAUGCCCACAGAAUCACAGUUGCCAUACACAUGAAUGAGCUUAAUUAUUAUGGAUAAAGACUUCGAAUUCCAGGUCGAUUAAGUCUAUUUGAUGUGGAGUUGCAGGUGAGUCAUUCAUGAAUCCUCAUUCCCAUAUGAUUCCUCGAGUUCCCUACGUCACACUGUUGUCGCUGUUGAUUCUCAGCUACAAGUAUCACGACUUGCCGUGAUCAAUCGACCAAUUUCGACGGAAAUGAGAAGAAUUUGAGAGAACCACCGGAGUUGCAAAGCAGAGAAGAGAGAGGAGAGAGAGAUGAAAUAAGAGAUAAGGUAAAAA